ACCACGGCUGCAUGUUAGUGGGGUAUAAAUUGUUGCCUUUUCCCGGAUUAAUUGGACAUAUUGCUGAGCACGUAAUUUUGCAUCUGGGUUUGGCCGCUGUAACAACAACAAGAAACAACUCAGAAUCCCACGAGGGUGGCGUAGUGUAAAUGGCACCCGUCCACCCUCUACUCUGGAGCUCCCUUCGAGUCUUUCAGGUCUAUGGAGCCAACACUGAUGUUGGUAAGACUAUUAUCGCCACGAUUCUUUGCAAGGCCGCCAAUAAUAUAUGGAAAAGGGAGCAAACAUCAUACUUGAAACCUGUUUCAACAGGCCCGGGUGAUGAAGCCGAUGAUCGCCAUAUCGAAAAAUACGCCCCUGGGGUCCUUCGCAAAACAUUGCUGCAGUAUGAUCUGGCUAUGAGCCCUCAUGCUGCAGCAAAGGGUAAGUUAGUGCCUUCGGAUAAAGAGCUCCUUUCUAGGAUAUAUGAAUUCGCAUCUCGGAGUGCGGCUCAGCAACCCGGGUGGCUCUUCAUAGAAACCGCCGGUGGCGUUCACUCUCCCGGACCGACUGGGACCACUCAAGCGGACCUAUAUGCGGCAAUACGAUGUCCCGUCAUACUGAUCGCCGACUCCAAACUUGGAGGAAUCUCAUUAACUAUCUCCGCUUUUGAAUCCUUAAAACUGCGGGGGUAUGAUGUUGAGAGCAUCCUCGUGUUCCAAGAUAGCGAAUAUGAUAACGAGAAGUACCUGAGAGACUACUUCACAGCUUCUCACGGUAUACCAGUUGCAUCGUUCCCGAAACCCCCUCCGAGGGUACAGAAUAAAGAUGCAGACGCACAGGCGAUGUUGCAAUACUACAAGGAUGAAAGUAGAAGUUCAGGCACUCUCAAUAUUCUCGAACAUCUAAACCAGAGACACCAGGCUCGUAUUAAGAGGCUUGAGUCUAUGCCUGAAGACGCGUAUAAACGAAUAUGGUAUCCCUUCACACAGCAUACGUCUCUCUCACCUGAGAAAAUCGUCGCCAUCGAUAGUGCUCGAGGAGACUUCUUCCAGACCGUGGUGCCAAGGAUAGAAAGGGCAAACAAUCAGCAUGUACCUAUUUUACAGCCUUCAUUCGAUGGUUCGGCGUCGUGGUGGACUCAAGGGCUUGGGCAUGGAAACCCAUCGCUUACUAUGGCCGCGGCCUACGCUGCAGGUCGUUACGGCCAUGUUAUGUUUGCUGGAGCCAUUCACGAACCCGCUUUAGCCCUAGCAGACACUCUUUUAUUAGGGAUGAAGAAUCCUCGUCUCACGCGCGUGUUCUACUCCGACAACGGCAGUACGGGUGUAGAGGUAGCGGUGAAGAUGGGCCUGCGAGCGGCUAGACUUCGGUACGGGUGGGAUACAAACACAGAUAUCGGAAUAAUUGGACUGAAGGGUGGUUAUCAUGGAGACACCAUGGGCGCCAUGGACUGUGCCGAACCGAGUACGUAUAAUGAAAACAUCGAGUGGUAUAACGGAAGGGGUAUCUGGUUUGACUAUCCGAGCGUUAAGUGCAGCCGUGGUCAAUGGAUCGUCGAAACGCCCGAUGAGCUGAAAGCAGAUCUUGGAGGUAACAAAACGUUCACGAGUCUAUCGGAUGUAUUUGAUAUCGACUCUCGAGAAUCCAACGAUGAACAAAAGGUGUACGAGCAGUAUAUCGAGAGAAGGCUAUCGUAUUACGUUACCAAUGGUCGAAAAUUCGGUGCUUUACUUAUGGAGCCGGUAGUAAUCGGAGCCGGAGGUAUGACAUUAGUAGAUCCCCUUUUCCAGCGUGCUCUUGUCAACGUGGUCCGUCGCUCAGCAAAACUGUUUGGUCAAUGUUCUGAGCCGGAUACAUCGGAUGCUACAUCUUGGACUGGUCUUCCUAUCAUAUUCGAUGAAGUCUUCACGGGAUUAUAUCGACUCGGAAGGUUUACCGCGUCAUCGUUUCUCAAAGUUGAAGCUGAUGUCUCUGUUCACGCCAAGCUCUUAACCGGUGGCUUGGUGCCACUUAGCACUACAUUGGCAUCUGAGAGUAUCUUUCAUGCCUUCGAGAGCGAUGACAAGGCCGACGCUUUACUCCAUGGACACAGUUACACAGCCCAUGCUAUCGGCUGCCAAGUCGCGGUAGAAUCGUUGAGACAGAUGCAGACGAUGGAGAAACAAGGUGAAUGGGAUUGGGCAAAAAGCAGCGAUUGGUCCGGGCGUCUAGUUGGGCAAGCUGACGCCAUCAGCCCCGAGGUAUGGUCCAUCUGGCCUUGGGACCUAUUGGAUUGGAUUUCGAAUCAACAUGAGCUCAUAGCCGGUACCUGGGCUCUCGGUAGCGUGCUUGCAAUUCAUAUGAAUGCUGCAGAUGGUCUUGGGUAUAAGAGCGAUGCAGCUCUCAAGUUACAAAGUGCUUUACUAGAAGGCGACCGAACGACCAUGUGGAAUAUUCAUAGCCGAGUUUUAGGUAAUGUAUUGUACCUGAUGGGCGGUCAAAAGACGAGCAAGGAUGACAUUACGGAGAUUGCAAGCGUGAUCAAACACGCCUUGACCAACUCAUAUUGAGGUGAGGGAAAAGCCGAUGUCAGGUGGUUUUUUAGUGUAUGAUGGGCGAAGUUGAUGAUUAGUAAAAGAAUAAACAAGUGAACAGAGAACAGAGUUGAUUGAAGUUUGAAGGUGGUUUAGUUUAGCCUUUAGGGACCUAGGUACCUGUACCUAAGGCACCAGUGAAACUGGUACCGGUAGCUCAAAGUCUUAUUAAUUAGUGGAUAGCAAGCCUUACAAAAGUAUAGUGCAUUUGAUAACUUCCCCCAUCUGGAACGUCUAGCGUAGGGGUUUAAAUUAGGAACAUCGUCGAAAGCUUAAAAGAGUUUAAGGGACAAUUUCGUCAUCAUCUGUUUUUUUCUGUUUGCUUCAACUUUUC